AUGUUGGAUUUUAUUGUUUCGGUUGGAAAUUCGGAUGUAAAAGUAUCUUUCUUUUGUUUCAGUGAUGCUUUGGCUAAACAAUGUGAUCUACGAAACGUCGACCUGUCAGCUUGUGAGGCUAGGCUACAUGAUAAGGAAAGCAGUGCAGAGACUCUACUAGCAUUUCAUCAUGAUACAGCUAACUUAGUUGGACGACAUGUCCGAAUUAUAGCGAAAGAAACAAGCAAUAAAAAAUUAUCUGGUUCUAUCCACAGCAAUCACUCCAGAAAACAAUCCGGGAAUCGUUCCAAAGCAUCGAGUUUCUUCAGUUCAAGUACCGAAGAUGCAAAUGUUGCCAGUUCUACGCUUUCAUUGCACGAAAGUGAUCAAAACAAGAAACAAAUUAAGCAGCGACUCACUGCGUUCUUUGGCAACACAAAGGAUAGCAAAUAUGAAGGCUUGAUCGACCAACUGGAUAGAUACUCAAAGCAGGGUAUCCCACAUGUUUUGAAGUAUCCUCAAGGACAGUGUGAAUCCGUAGACGCUCUACCUGACGGAAAAACAGCAGCAACAGCAGACGGCGCUCUGGGAGCUUAUCAAGACGGAAGUUGCCUAUAUCAAAACUUUGAAAGUAGUCACGGAUCUUUUCCUGGCCUGUCUGAAGGACCUCCAGCCGCGGCACCUACUGAAGGAGAUUGACACCGACAAGCUUUUCUCCAACAUCACAGAAAUAUUGGAUGCUAACGUCGUUUUUUGGCGUAACACACUAUUCCCAUUAGUCAGAGAUAUGCGACGAUACAGGCGGCCUCCUUGUAUAGAAACGAUGCUGGAAGGCUUCAGAAGCCUUCAGGAUGUCUUCCAACCGUACUACAAAUACUGUGCUGAACAGUCUAGAUGUCAGCAUUAUUGCAGAGAAAACAUGGACAGCGAAGUAUUCACUGCGUACCUGACGUGGUGCGAAAGUCAAAAGGAGUGCAAUAGGUUAAGGCUAAUGGAUAUUCUGGUGCAGCCGAUGCAGAGGCUUACCAAGUAUGGCUUAUUACUGAAAGCCAUUUUGAAGAAUACCGAUGAGGAUAUAGAAAGAGAAAAUUUACAUACCAUGAUAAAAAUGGUAGACGAAUUCGUGAACAACGUGAAUUCAAGCCUGAAACAUCGACAGGACAAGGAGAGGCUGAAAGGGAUAAUAGCCCGGAUCGAAAGUUACGAUAUAGUGGAGUCGAAGGAUGACGAUAUAGAGAAGAUUUUAAAGAAAGAUAGAACCCUCACGUCACUUGAUCUCACUAGACCCAUGCUCAACUGUCCAGUGGAAAGGAAGAGGCAUCUUUUGCUUGAGGGGGAUUUGAAGUUGAAAGACAGUAGCACUUCGUCGAAGAUGGAAGUGCACUGCUUCCUACUAACCGAUAUGCUGUUGAUCUGCAAGCCCUCCUCAGCGAAGAAAACCAGUGGCAGCGGUGCGGGUAGUGGGAGCGGCAGUGGUGGUGUGGAAGGAGGAGGGGUGAUUAUGAGGGUGGUUAGACAACCGUACUUGGUAGACAGAUUGAUGGUGAUCGAACUGCCAAGAGAAACGCCCAGCCUCGCCCUAGUCUACAAGAACGAGUUCGAUAUGGCUGUGCAGGCGUUCAUUUUGCAGAGUCAGGACGCCAGAAAAAUUAAGG